AUGUUCACAGAAGUAAAAGUGAAAAUGUUGACGAAUGAAAAUGACCAAGUGAGAGAUAUAGAAAUGAAUAAUAGUGAAUUGAAUGGUAAAUUAGAUGAUCCUGGUUAUUGGCCUUCUAUUAUUUCUAAUGAUAUUAUAGCAACUAUUGUAACUUUAGGACCAAUUCAAAUUAAUAAUUACGAUUUUCCCCAAAAUGAUGAAAAACCAGCAAGAACGUUCACUGAAAAAUACUAUUAUCGACUAAUGCCAAAUGGAGAAAAUGUAAAUCGUCCGUGGCUUAUUUACUCUAAAAGACACAAUUGUGUGUAUUGUUUUUGCUUUAUAGAUAAAGCGUAUUUAGCUUUAAUUGAAAAAGAAAAGUUACAUUGGAGAAGUGUUCUUAAAAGAAUUUUAGCAGCUAUACAUUUUUUGGCGCAACAUAAUGAUUCUUUUCGAGGAUCAUCUGAUAAAUUGUAUACAGAAAAAAAUGGGAAAUUUUUAGGAUUAAUUGAAAUGAUGGAGAAAUUCGAUCCAAUCAUUUCUGAACAUGUUCGUAGAAUAAAAUGUAAAGAGACUUUUGACCACUAUCUUGGACCUGAAAUACAAAAUGAAUUGAAUGCAAAAUAUUAUUCCGUGUUGAUAGAUUGUACGCCAGAUAUAAGUCACAAAGAACAAGUAUCCAUUAUGUUGAGAAUUGUAAAUUUACAUACAGAAAAUCAGUCUAUUGAACCAUGCGUAGAAGAAUAUUUUUUAGAGUUUAUACACUGUACAUCAACCACUGGGCUAAAUUUGUCAAAUAUUCUUAUUUCAAAACUAGCUGAGUACAAAAUUGAGUUAAGAGAUUGCCGAGGUCAAGGAUAUGACAAUGGGGCAAAUAUGAAAGGUGAAUAUCAAGGCGUUCAAUCACGUAUAAAACAAAAGAAUCCAAGAGCAUUUUUUACACCUUGUGCAACUCAUAAUUUGAAUUUAUUACUUGGUGAUAUAGCUAAGAGUUCUGUAAAAGCUAUCAGUUUUUUUUGGAGUGAUUCAAAAAAUUUAUUAUGGGAAUGCCGAGUAAACAGCGUCAAAGCUAUUCGUUUUCAAAUUUCAGAAGUAAUUGAAGCAUUAGAAGAAGUUUCGGAAACAACAAAUGACCCAAAAACUAAAUAUGAAGCACAUUCCCUUGUUGUAAACGAACUCGAAAGUUAUGAAUUUAUUUUGAGUUUAGUGAUUUGGUACGAAAUACUUGUGGAAGUAAACAUAGUUAGUAAGCAUUUACAAAGUGAGAAUAUAGAUUUGGAAAUAGGCACGAAAUUAUUAGAUGGAUUAAUGACUUUUUUAGAAAAUUAUAGAGAAAAUGGUUUUGAAAAAGCGAAAAAAACUGCUAGGGAAAUUGCAUUGUCGAUAAAUAUUGAGUGUACUUUCAAAAUAAAAAGAGUAAGAAAAACCAAGACCUUUUUUGAAUAUGAAGAAACAAAGGACAAAAAUACUAAUGACGCUGAAUUAGAUCUUCAAAUUCUAUUAACUGAUGGAUCAUCAAGAGAUUUAGAUUCAGUUGAUAUGUAUUCAGAAUUAAUUAUAUUUCGAAAUAUUAUUGAUGAUAAUACAACAGUUCUUCAAGCGUUAACGUUGAUAAAGAAAUCACCUGGUAGUUUUCAAAACAUUUCCAUUGCUCUUCGAAUUCUUUUGACUAUCCCCGUUACUUCCGCUGGGGUAGAAAGAUCCUUUUCUAAAUUAAAGCUUAUUAAAACAUACUUAAGAAGUACGAUGUCUCAAAACAGAUUAAAUUCAUUGGCAACUAUCUCAAUAGAACACAAAUUAGCAGUAUCUGAAGAAUAUAAUUCAUUGAUUGAUGAAUUUGCUAGUAAAAAAAGUAGAAUAAAACGUUUUAAUUAA